UUCUGAAUAAUGAAUUCAUUAUUUUCAAUUUGUAAAUACGUCAUGUCUUGUUGACAAAUUGACAACGAACCAGAAACAUGUCUAGCUUUGUAAAGGAGUCGAAAAGGAAGACUUCUCGCCACUCUAGUUCUGCCUCAAUAGAUUACGAACAAAUAUUCUUAUACAGGUUCAAGCAGCAAUGUGUGAAGAACAAACUUGAACCAACACCUAUAUUAACAUGUAUAAAUCAAAAUGUUGGCAAGCCCAGACAACUAAUGACUAAACACGGAGAAAUCAUACUUUAUAAAGAUCCUGACAGUAAUACGGAAAUGAUAAUUGUUAAAAAUUGGAACGUCCCAGAAGCUAUUCUUAUAACAAUAGGCCAAAGUCUUGACUAUUCAAAUAUUAGGAUAUUAAAACUGGAAUUCUGUAAUCUUCACGAGGGACAUGUAUCGAUUUUAGAGACAAUUUUAUUGAACAAUAUUAAUAUAAUGGAACUGAAUUUAAGUGGCAACCCACUUCUAAGAUCAUUCUUGCACGAUAUUAUAAAUACUGGUAAUCUGAAUUAUAUUUCCAUGAGGUUUUGUCAAAUUGAUUCAGAAGAUACGAAAAGAAUUUUUAGCGUAUUGAAAACAUUCAACAGUAGUCGCGUAUUAUAUCUUAAUUUGUCGACCAAUAACAUUAAUGACGGUGGAUGUAUAUACAUAGCGGAAGUGUUAAGGAUAAACCGAUCGCUAUUGUCUUUAAAUCUUGCAGACAAUAAAAUUACAGAUGUAGGAUGCGAAAUAAUCGCCAGUGCAUUCAAAACAUUUCAGUUAACACCUGAAGAGAUCUUCGAAAAAAGAAAAGCAAAGUUUAAUUUUCUCAAAACGGUCGAUUCGAAAACAAAUACGGGUAAAGAAUUAACUAAAAAGUCAUCUAGAACAUCUACGAAAAAAAUAAAAUCCAGGUCAAUAAUAAAAGAUAGAAGCUCAACUACCACUCAGAGCUCCACAAGAAGCAGCAAAGCUUCUUUAAACGUAUUAGAGACAAAAGUUUGUCAACAUCCGUUUGUUAUUGACUCAUAUGAAGAGAAUAGUAAUAUCUAUUGUAAGGGAAACAAUAGCAUGAAUCACCUGAAUCUUUCAUACAACAAAAUAGGGGAAAUUGGAAUAACAUAUAUAUUAAGUGCGGUGCUCCAUCAAAAGGAAGAGUUCAAAGCUAGAGGUUUAACAGAGGUACUGCUGGAGGGAAACGACUGUAAAUCGGACUGUAGUCAGUUACAAUCCAUAAACGAAAUACUUUCCACAAAAUGCGGAGAAAGCUUGGAAGGUCUACAAAAGCUCGCCUCAAAGACCAGGAGGCACUCGCAAAAAAUUUAAAUUUACCGCGAAGAACUAAUCACCAUGCAUUAACACAACAAUAGAUAAAUUCAUAUGAAAGUCGGAC